GGAGCGGCGGCGAGGUCACCGAGCAGGCGCCGUCGCCCCGCCACGCGGUGAGGAUGGAGGGGCUGACGGACGAGGAGGCGGACGCCUUCGCCGGCCUGGUGCUGGGGGGCGCCUCCCCGGGGCCUGGCGCGUCCAGCCUGGAGGUGCCGGCCCAGCUCCGGCGCUUCCUGAGGGACGUUGCGCUCAACAUCCCGCGGCACAUCGAGGAGGCCCUGCAGCAGCUGCGGAGGGAGGAGGCCAUCCGCGUGAGCGGGCAGCGCGUGGAGGUGCUGAAGAACCUGGAGGACCCGCAGGUGGUCAACGUCGCUGGCUGGAUGCACACGAGCAUGGUGGGGAGCAUCGUCUCCCAGGUGGAGAUGAUGGGCCCAGAGGCCCAGCGGGUGAUCAAGAUGGCGACAGUGUUCGAGUCGCCCUUCUCUGCCUUCGACGUGGCAGUGGCCAACCGCGUGCACCGGCCGAGCUCGGACGUGCUGGCGUUCCAGGACGCGGUGCAGUUGCUGCUGUCCUGCGAGUGGUUGGCGAACCACCCGAAGUUCCUGGUCCGCCACCACGGCGUCAUCGAGGACCAGCAGACCGAGAACAUGCCCAGGUGGAAGAUUGCCAACCAGCUGGUGCGUCGGGUCGUGGGGGCCUCGCUCCUGCGCAGCCAGCGCAUCCAGGUGAAGCGCAUCGUCCUGAUGGCCCGCGCGGUGAACCUGCACCUGCCAAGGCGCAUGCGCGAGAAGUGGACCUGGAGCCAGCGCGAGGAGCUGUACGGGAAGCCCUCCAAGGCCGAGCGGCUGCGCCAGCAGCGCCGCCGCGAGGCCGAGCCGGCGGCGCUCGGGCGGGAGCUGGCGGGGCUCCAGGCGCCAGACUUCCUGCGGGAGGUGGAGUUCGUGGCGGCGGCCAGCUCGGCCUCGUGGGGCCAGGCCUCGUGCGGCGCGCCCGAGGCCGCGGAGGGCGGCGGCGGCCUGGCCGCCUGGCUGUUCCUGAUGUGCCACGCCGCGCAGAGGGACCACGUCGCGGAGCUGCUGCGGCAGGGCGCGCCGCCGCUCGCGCGCGACCGGUCGGGGCGCACGCCGCUGCACUGGAGCUGCGCGAGGGGCGACCUGGACGUCGUCCAGGCGCUGGUCGAGGCGGCGGCCGACCCCCUGGCGGAGGCCGCGGUGCUCGGCGGCGGAGAGACGCCGCUGGAGCUGGCGGCGCUGCAGGGUCACCUCGGCGUGGUGAGGUACCUGGUCGAGGAGCGCGAGGUGCUCGACCGGCUGCCAGACCGGCUGAGGUCGCCGAGCCACUGGAGCCGCCUGCUCCUCCAGGCACAGGCCUCCUCGCCGCCGACGCCGAUGCCUUCCGACGGUUCGCCGCAGAGCGUCGCGCCGCAGAAGCCGAAUUCGAACCAGAAGCACGCGCUGUCCUACCUGCAGGAUGCCGUGAUCUGGACGCGGGACCUGGACGACGCGGACAGGGGGGGCGCGUCGGAUGUUGGAGCUCGGCCUCGCGCGGGAGAAGAGCGACGACAGGCCCGCGCUGCUCUCCAAGCAGCCGCUCCCGCACUGGCAGCGGGACCCGCUCCCGGACGAGGCGGCGCUGGCCGCGCUGAGCAGGCUCCGGCUGGAGUGGAGCGAGGUGAACUCCUUCGGUCUGAACAGCCUCCGCCUGCGACGCUCGGCGCAGACGAGCAUGGCAGGCUGGAUAUUGCUGCAGAACGCGACCGCGUUCGGGGAGGUCCCGCUCGCCCCAGAGGUCGCCGUCAAGUUCGUCCAGGCAUUGUCCAACGAUUACCGGCAGGAGAAUCCCUUCCACAACUGGUCACACGCAGUAGACGUGCACCAUAUGGCCUGGCGCAUGAUGUUGGUCAGCCGCGCUCACAAUUUUCUGACUGGUAUCGACCAGUUCUCCUUGCUCGUGUCUGCCAUUAGCCACGACGUGGGCCACCCCGGAGUUAACAACCAGUUCCUUGUCGAAACCAGAUCUGAUCUUGCCAUGAAAUAUAAUGACAAGUCACCGCUCGAGAACAUGCAUUGCUCUUUGAUGUUUCAGAUCGCCUCAAUGGCGGGUGCAAACGUGUUCGAGGGCAUGAAGCAGACUGACUAUUCCGAGAGCCGCCGAACCUGCAUCGAAACGAUUUUGGCGACUGACAUGGUGCACCAUUUCGAGAUCCUGAAGGGAACAGAGAUGCUCUACCAGAUGCACGCCGAUAGCAUGGGUAGGGAGACCGACAACAGAAGCUUCACCGACAGGGAUACCAAGCAAAAAGCAAUGAACUUGCUUGUCCACGCUGCCGACAUCUCGAACCCGUGCAGGCCGUGGGAGGUGUGCCAGCAGUGGGCCCACGCCUGCCUCGACGAGUUCUUCAGCCAGGGCGACCGCGAGAAGGAGCUCGGCAUCCCGGUGCAGAUGCUCAACGACCGCUGCAAGGUCAGCAGGCCCUCGUCCCAGAUCGGCUUCCUCGAAUUCAUGAUCGUGCCGCUGCAGGUGGGCCUGGUGAGGCUCCUCCCGCCCCUCCACGAGCUGGCCGAGCACCUGCAGGCGAACCUGCAGCACUGGCACGAGGCCUGGGUCCAGGACGCGGGCCCCGCGGCUCCGGAGGCCGCCCAGGUCGCCGCCCGCGUCGAGCGCGCGUGCCGCGCGCUCGACCCGGUGCUCUGGCGGAGCGCGCCGUGCGAGGACGGUACCGACGCGAAGAGGGAUAGCAUCCACGUGUGAAGAGGCCUUGGUCGCUGUCGCUUUCUUUUCCUGGCUCUUACUCUGGCGUUCGCGUGUCGGGGGGGAGGCCAAACGCGCCCCAGGGCAGGUGUCGCUCCAAGAGCGCCCCUGGUCAGCACGAAGAGAGCCCCGCCGCCCCCCCGCGGCGGGGGGAGCACCCCGCGCGCGCGCUCUCCAGCAGAAGCCUGGAGGCCGCCUGCUGCGGCCUGCCGCCUGCCCCCCCCCCCGUCGCGGGCCGCGCGAGCGGGCCCGCCGGAGUGGGGUCGGGAAGGGCGGCGGUCUUGCGCCGCGCGCGACCGCGCGCCGCGCGCGCCCGCGCGCGUGCGCCCUCGCCCGCGGCCUCGCCGACGGCUGCUCCGCGCCUCGCGGCUCAGUGCACCGGCAGGCGCGCGCGCGCGCGAG